GGAAGCGGAUGGAACUGAUCAAACAGAACGGAACGCGCGCGAGCUCUUUACCCAGGUUGGACGAAGUGGCCUGCAGCUGUCACGAGACACCGAAGGUCACUAGAUGCACUACUCAACCCCGCUGUGCUCAGGAAAGACGUGGAGCUAGCGAGGUGGCGGAAUGAAAAGCUAAUUAGCGAGAGGGAAGCUUAUUUGGUUUAUUCUCGGAUUUAAAUUCAUUCCUCGAACAGUAAUAGAAGCCACAUUGGCCUUUCUUUUACGCAGGGCUACCUGAUACGGUUAGCACAGGACAUGAGCUAUACGCUUUACGAUUUACGCUAUACGCUUCCCUUUACAUGAAAAAGCGAAACAUUUGGCCACUGUAUCCGGGAUGUCGACAACUGAAUCUCUAAAGCCGUGAAGUCCCCACUGCCUGGUCUGUAUUGUUAGUCUCUCCCUAAUUCCUCUCCAUAGGUCUGGCUUAUUUGGAUUCGUACUCCUUGCAUUCUGUGUCGCUCCUCUUCUGUAAAUCAGUUUCUAUUCGUGUUUUAUGACUCGUGUUUUCGGCGUUUAAGGAGGGAAGUUAUUCCUUUUAACGGCCCACGUAGGCGACCCUUGCCGAGGGUUACCGCCGCUGAAGUCUUCGUCAUGGUCGUGCAAGGUUCUGUCAUUCAGUGCUGCGGUGUCGAAUCGUUUCUGCUGUAAUGAUCAUGCCUAAUUUAAACUGGUUUCAGUGUGAAAGAGAAUCGGUUUGGUCUUUGUAAAAAAAACGGGUAACGUUACCCGCAUUCAGGGCACAGCUCCGGCGAAGGACAGGGUAAAAAUAGACGCGAAGAGCCCUUGAGUGUUAAUGUCGACCGACGUUGCAUCUAUACGGCUGCCCGGUAAACGGGGGAUCACGGACUGUGAAAGAGACAUUGAUACUGCAGGCGAACAGAACUCUGUGUCGUCUGGAGCUGUUCGGGGGAUGAAGCGAGGAGAUCCAGAGCCAGACACAAAUACACCGGCCACUUUGAUCGACUUGGCCGGAGCAGAAUGCAAGCGACCACGGAUAGAUGGUGUCGGAGAGACCAGCCCGGUGCUCAGCCAGGAUUUUACAGGUGUACAGGAAAACCAGGUGGCACCACCCUACACCUUUAGCCCUCCCCCCUCCCAGAAUGGUGCUGUGUUGAUGUCAGGGGCAGGGGAGUUUGGAUUGCCAUCAGGCGUAGAGGUUGCUUCAGCCCCAAAGACAUCAACUAAUGGUCCUACAACACUCACCAACACACCUCAGUCUAAUGGCUCAACUCAGGCAGAAAGUGGACCUCAGUGCAGUAGGAGCGCAUGUGGAGUGACAAGUGUUGCUAGCAGUGAAGGGGUGGAGUCAAAAUGCACGCCAAAGCGACUACACGUGUCAAAUAUCCCCUUCCGUUUCCGCGAUCCCGAUCUGCGACAGAUGUUUGGGCACUUUGGGAAGAUUUUGGAUGUAGAGAUCAUUUUCAAUGAGAGGGGUUCCAAGGGUUUUGGGUUUGUGACAUUUGAGUCAAGUGUGGAUGCAGAAAAAGCUCGAGAACGCUUGCAUGGAACUUUGGUGGAGGGGCGGAAAAUUGAGGUGAAUAAUGCUACAGCCAGAGUGAUGACCAAUAAGAAGUUGGUCAGUCCAUACCCCAAUGGAGACACACUCAACCCCCUGCCCUAUGCAGGGUGGAAACUAAGUCCUGUGGUGGGCGCCAUGUAUGCCCCAGACCUCUACACAGUUCCAGGGUUUCCGUACACAACGGCGGCGGCAGCAGUGUUCCGGGGUGCACAGCUGAGAGGGCGUGGCCGACCACUAUACGGCACUGUCAGAGCUGCACUUCCAGCAUAUCCUGGUGUGAUAUAUCAGGAUGGCUUCUAUGGAGCUGCAGAUUUAUAUGGUGGUUAUUCUGCAUACCGCUAUGCUCAGCCAACUGCAGUAACUGGAGCCACAGCAGCUGCCUACAGUGACAGUUACAGCCGAGUGUAUGCUACAGACCCCUACCACACCCUCACACCUGCUACUGCACCUGCCUAUGGAGUAGGAGCUAUGGCUAACCUGUACAGGGGUGGUUACCGAUUUACCCCAUACUGACUGCAGCUGUUCUGACUCCAUAGCUGGAUUUACCCCACACUAACUGCAGCUGUUCUGACUCCAUAUCUGGAUUUAACCCACAGUGACUGCAGCUAUUCAACAUUGGAAACAGAAAAAUUACUCUCUUUCUAGGCUAACCUGUACAGGGGUGGUUACCGAUUUACCCCAUACUGACUGCAGCUGUUCUGACUCCAUAUCUGAAUUUACUCCACACUAACUGCAGCUGUUCUGACUCCAUAUUUGGAUUUAACCCACAGUGACUGCAGCUGUUCUGACUCCAUAGCUGGAUUUACCCCACACUAACUGCAGCUGUUCUGACUCCAUAGCUGGAUUUACCCCACACUAACUGCAGCUGUUCUGACUCCAUAUCUGGAUUUAACCCACACUGACUGCAGCUAUUCAACAUUGGUAACAGAAAAAUGUUUUUAUCUGUGGUCCAUUAAACCAUCUAUUGCACAACUAGUUUCACUGUUACCAUGGAAACAAAACCCUAGAUUAGAUGGUUUUGAACUUUUAGGGGAAGAAUGAAAAAAACAAACAACAGCUGAGAGUCUAACAGGAGGAAGUACUGAAAUACAGAAGAACCUUUUGGGGGUAACAUUUCUUUUGGGAGUAACAUUUUGUUGUUUGAAGUUUUACCCUGCGGAAUUUAAUGAGCGAUUAAGACUUUUUACAUUUUACCUUUAGAAAACACACACACACACACACACACACACACACACACACACGCACACACAGACUAAGCUAAAAUGUACACAAAUACUAAACCAAAAGACUCAUGUUUUAGCUUAGUAAACAAACACAAACAUCAAAUAAACACUAAACACAGACUACUUGCUCAGUCCUAUAAAAACUCUUUUACUGCUAGUGUAGUGUUAGAGUUAGCUAAGGUUAGGGAUAGGGAUAACUAGGUCUGGGGUUAGCUAAGGUUAGGGAUAGGGAUAGCUAGGUCUGGGGUUAGCUAAGGUUAGGGAUAGGGAUAACUAGGUCUGGGGUUAGCUAAGGUUAGGGACAGUGUAAAUGCACCCAGCUACACUUCCUAACUGCUGCACUACAUUCUUACAGUGGCCUGUAGGUCCUGUUGAUGGGUUCUGUCUGGCUGUGUGAUGGUAGUUUUGCCUUUGUUGAGAACUCUGUUUAGUCCAGUAAGCAUGUGUUCCACUGACAAGUACCCCCCACCACUUUUACACACACUAAGAUAGAAUAAUCACAUACACACAUAAGUACAUAAAUGUACAAACAUGCUUACAAAUAGUCUAUUGCCAGUCUGCUGCUGUGCAGUUUGUUACCAUCCUUUAGGACUUCAUCAGUGGUCAGACUCAUCCCACUCUCAACCCAGCAUUGACACUGACAACCAUACACCUACCCUAACUACAACCAUACAACUACCCUACAACUACCCCAACUACAGCCAUACAACUACCCUAACCACAACCAUACAACUACCCCAACUACAACCGUACAACUACCCUAACUACAGUCAUCCAAUUACCCUACCUACAACCAUAAAAUUACCCUAAAUACAACCAUACAACUACCCUAACCCUAACUGUAUUUUAAAUUAUUUUCAGUCAAAAGUGGUUCUGAAGUCAGAAAUCUGCCGGUGUUAAACAGGAGAGUGAGUGUGACUGCACAUCAAAAGAGAUAGUCAUUAUUUAUAUCAUUUACAUAUAUAUGUACUUUAUUUACAUCAUUUACAUGUAUAUGUACAAUAUUUAAAUACACAUAUAUAUUUGCACAAUUGAGACUAAAACCUUCAAAAUGGACACUAGGCAAAAUCCAAAAGGAAAAAUUCAAGAGAAAAUAUAGUACAGCUUUACAGUAAAAUACAGUAAGGCUCCACUUUAGUGGAUUUAUGACUAGUUGGUCAUAAACACAUUAUAAUGAAUAAUAAGAAGAUAUAAGACAUAAAUAAAAGGGCAACAGUUACCUGUUGCUUGCCGAAUAUUGAGCCCACAUUCAACAGAUCACUUGUCGUUUUCAUUAAUGUGUUGUAACUGCUUAUUAAUAAUGAUCAGGGUGUUUGACAAACUAAUUUUAAAUCAUUUAUAAAAUUAAUUAUAAAGUAUUACUGUAAAGUGAUAUUAAACAUUAAACAUGAAUGGAAAAAAAACAACAUUGUUAUUUUAAUUCUUCAACCUCACAAUGCUUUAGAAAAUGUCACUUGUAUUGUAAUAUAAUGAUGUAUGUGAUGUAUGUGAUUAUGUAAUUCCUCUUAUUACUAUUAUCAUUGUUGUGGUAAUAUACAUAUGAGUCUUCAUUAUUUUUGUUUCUGGUUUUAAGUAUGAAUAUUGUUCAAAGUUAUUUUUUA